UUCAUUUGACUUCCUUGCGUCCACUCGAGUUGAAGUACGCAUGUUUUAUCACGUUCAACCCCAAAGAUAAGGGUAAAAACAGUGAGCAUCAUGUCAAUUUUCAAUGUUUACUGGCAGAUAUUCAAUUUUAAGGCCAUUAUCUUGGGUGUGCCCGCUCAACUAUAAACGCUUAAAAAGAGGACCAACUUUUAGGUGGAUGUAAGUCAUUUGACCGCCACAUCUAUUCUUUCCGGACUUCGAUUCAAAAUGAGUCUCUCUGCUAAAGACAAAGUCACUGUGAAGGGCUUUUGGGCAAAGAUCGCCCCAAAGGCUGAUAUAAUUGGGAAUGAGGCGCUGUCCAGAAUGCUCUUGGUCUACCCUCAGACCAAGACUUACUUCUCUCACUGGAGCGACCUGGCACCCGGCUCUGCUCCAGUAAGGACCCAUGGCAUGAAGAUCAUGGGAGGACUCGGCCAGGCUGUAGAAAAUAUCGAGGAUCUUUUCGGCGGCAUGCUCACUCUCAGCGAGCUUCAUGCCUUUCAACUGAGAGUCGAUCCUGCCAACUUCAGGAUCCUGGCCCACAACAUCGUCGUGGUGUUGUCCAUGCUCUUCCCUGAUGACUUCACACCUGAGGUACACCUGGCCAUGGACAAGUUCCUCGUAAGAGUGGCACUGGCUUUGUCUGACAAAUACCGUUAAUUAGUUUGACGUCGUUAAACAGUCUUAAUGUUGUUUUGUCAACUUGGUCAACAACAUGUCCUAAUAAAAGAAACUGAAGAUACUCAUAAAUGUGCAUUUUUUCUUCCUUCUUACA